AUAAUAUUCAAUUAUCUUGCUUUUAUUUAUAAGCACUUGUCAUCAACAACUGUAAUUUUUAUUUUGCUCUCAUAAAUUUUGAAAUGUAUAAACCAAUGUUCUUGUUAGCGAAAGUAAAGAUGGAUAAAAGUACUUUUUGAGUACGCUUUCAUCGGGCAUUCCUUUUUCAUCCGGACGGUAUUCACCAUACAAGUACACUUCUCAUCAGGAUGGAUGCGUCUUGUCAAAAAGAAGCCUGCAGCUUACAAAGUUGCAUACAAAGAAACCAGUAUAAUCAGAAUAAAUGUGAAGCAUACAUUGACUCUCUAUUGAGAUGCUGCAAUUCAUGGUAUUUACAAAACGGAAGUGAGAGCAAAGAAUCACCUCAAUCUUGUCCUCAAUACUCUAUACUACUACGCCAGAUGAAGGAUCGACAUAUCCUAUGAGAGCCUCAUGAAAUUUACAAUCACCACGAUAAUAAUAUGACUUCUUCACUACUAAUUAUUUACAAGCACUGUAAAGUAUACAACCACAAAAUAUAAUUUAUUGAAAUAUCUAAAGAAAAAAAAGAGAAAUAAUGAGAUAUAAAGGUAUUUGAGGGAACGUACAUAUCAUCGAAAACAAACAAGAUAUAAAAAA